GUUAUCAACUGUUUUCUUAUCCCUGGCAUUAAAAUGAUGUUUCUGAGUUUCUUGGAAGCAGAAGACAAAGAUGGUCUCUUCCCCUGUACUCGGCAGGCACAGUACCUAUCAAGAGCGCUGUCUCCUUACGGCAAGCAUGGCUUGGUUCGCUCCAGUCCAGUAAAAUAUGCCAGAAAAGAUUUUCGGAAUACAUGUAAUGCAUCUAACUCAAACUCAAGUGUCAGUACAUCAGGUACACCAAGAAAACGCUCUGGACUUUCAUGCAGUUGCUCCACUGAUAGUUUUGUGAGCAUUAAUCAUUCCCAGAGGUGUCAAGGAAGCAACUCCAAAGUAUGCAGCAGGGAUCUUCUAGACAGGCACUCUGAAUUCUUUACUGAUAGCCAAAAACCUUUUACUCCACGCACCUUAAUAUCAGAUGCUAAAUCUUUCCUGUCAGAGUACAGGUAUUACACUCCUGCUCGAAGGAAAAGGAAAAAUCACUGCAAGCAGCAUGUGGAAGCUCAAACGCAGACUGAUGUGAUCAGUUUUCCAUCGGAAGACAAAGCGUCUGAGAGAAAAGUUAUGACUGAACAGCAGAAGAUCACAUUGAAGGCUGAAGAUAGAAGAGAUACUGUGGAUGAGCCUGAGAGAGGAAUAGCUGCUUUUCCGUACUCCUUCCUAAGAGAGACAUCGUUGUAUUCUCAGCAGUCUUCAGCAAGGAGGACUAUCGAGGCUGAAGAAGAAGAGCUUUUAUAUUUAGCGUUCAUUGAAGAUGUAACAAAUGAAAUUCUUAGCCUUGGGCUAUUUUCUAACAGAGUUCUGGAACAACUGUUUGAGUGUCAUAUACAAGAAAAUAAGAACCGUUUGGAUGAGAGCAAAAUGCGCCACUUGUUGGAUGUACUGAAAGCAGACCUUGGCUGCAGCCCGGGCAGCGGUACGGAGCAAAUCCAUGCAGGCUGGGAAGCCUUUGACUCGCUGGAUCUGCAAGAGUUUGAUACGAUGGAAAAGCUUGAGUUUACCAGUAAAAGUCAGAGGCAAAGAAAAGCUACAAAAAGUGAAGAAUUCUUUGGGACCAUGGACUUACCAUUAAAGGAACCAAACAAAUGUGAAUCACCUAUAUGCAGGGAAAGUUCAAAGGAGACACAGAGCAAGGAUGACUUUUCAGAAGAUGUCACUGAAACGAUGGCAGCUGGGACAGAGUCUGAUUCUUGUGUGAAAUCUGAAGAAGUCCCAGAUCCUUCACCCUCAUGUGAGGCAAUUUUAAACUUGAUUACUUGUGGCAGUGAUUUGGAAGCCAACAUAGAACUUGAUGAUCUUGAGGAAAGCUUUGCAGAGGCCCUUCAGAUCUCACAUGGCUAUUCAUAA